AUGAAUAACACAGCCUCGCUUUAAUAAACAAUACAUAAUUAUUGUUUACAAUCAUAUUCUGCUGGGGAUUUUGCGAAGAAUCAAUAAAUUUUAGAGCAUUUGAGAAAAUUCAUAUUGGAUUGGAAUAAUUUGCCAUUAUUGAAAACAAUUAUUGAAGUAGAUUGUAAGUAAGAGACUACUUUUGUGAUUUACUCAUUACUUCAAAAAGCAAUUGCUUCAGGUUGUAAAUUUGUAAAUGUUCUUCAAAAUCCGUAAAGAAAAUCAUAAAGUUAUGAAGAAUACGAAAGUCAUGAAAGAUAACAUUUUACAGCAAUUGUGACAACUCACUUGAAUAUUGUGAUAAAUUAUUUUACAAAGGGUUUGUAGCAUUAGAAUUAUGUUUAAAACACAGUUUUGUUUGCCUUAGCUUAUAUGUUAAGAAAAUAUUGGUCUGAAAUAAUUACACCAGAACAAUUGGUUGAAAAACUAAUAAACACAUUUUUUUAUACUUAAAAUAUUUAAAUUUUAACUUUAGGAUGCAAAUUAUUUGAAAAUCUAUUGAGUUGUGUUCGCUAAUAUUAUUAUGCAACUGGCUAUUUAGAAUUUAGAAAAAUCAUGAUGGGAUUUCAGAGAUAAUCCUUAUCGACCUUACUCGAAUAGACACAUAAACUUGUACAAAAUUAAUUGAAAAUGGGAACCUUCUUACAAAUUUAUCAAUUAGAUAAAUCAUAUGCUGAUUCCUUAAUUUAAUUGCUUAACUCCUUUUUAACUUUUAAUUUCAACCUAAGUUUCUAUGAAAUUGACGUUGAUCAUGAUUCAAAGGAAAACUUUAUAAUUAAUUUCCCUGAUUCUUAUUUUUAAAUAAUUAAUGAUGACAAUUUGAAUAAAGAAUAUUUCAGAGCUAUAAUUGAAUUCUAUCCUAUAGACUAAGGAAUUUCAAUUAGAAUACUUAAUAAUCUCUAAAGAAUUGCAUCAGCCAGAUUGUCCUUAUUUUUUUAGAAGCACAAUUUUAAGAAGGUUUUAAGAAGAACUCUUUGGGACGGUUUGCUCUUUUUGCUAAAUAAUUAUGAAUUGUAUUUGAACAAUACUGACUUUUCAAACGAAGUUUGCUCUUUUGCAAUAAGAUUAGUGUCGAAUUUCACUUUAAAAAAAUUACAAAAGUUUUAGGACUUGUUUGAUUAAUGUGUAAAUUAGUUAAACAGAAUAAAUCAAUUGAUCUUAAAUAAUCAAGGAAUAAAACUAUCAUCUAACAGUGUUUUCAUUAAACUAUAGGAAGUUUGGCAUCAAUUUUUAUUUUAAAUCAACAUUUAUAGUUCUCAAUAUAUUCAAUAAUUUAAACUACUUUAAAAUUCUGUAAAUUUGAGUUUUAAGUUACUGAUUCAUGCAUUUUACAAUGGAAACCCCUUUUCUGAAAUUCCUCCCAAUUAUCCUAUUAAAAAAAUAAAGAAAUUCUUGGACAAAGGAUUUCAUUUAUGCAUAUAAGUCUAUCAAUAAAAUACAAUUGAAUGUAUUAAUGUGAUUUCAGAUUUACUAAAAACUCUACCCAUAAUGCAAGUUUAAACAUUACAACCUUAAGAACAACUCAUUACCUUAUAAAAAUUUAGUGCUUUGUUGUGUCUAAUAUCUGCCCUUGUAUUGAGUCCAGCUUAAAUGGAAUUCUUGAGCGGAGGAGAAUCUCAAUUUUCAUAAAAUAAAAUGGAUGGACACCCUUAAGCUCGUAUAUUAUUAUAAGCGAUACUCGACUUAAUUGUAUAUACAAAUAAGUUAAAUAUUCCUGCAGAUAAUUAUGUGUGCAAGUUGUACCAUACCAGUAUUUUAAUAUUUAUCUAAACAUAUAUAUCUUAAACGAUAGAGAGUUUAUAUUUAGAUGAAAAUUAAUAAAUAGUCAUAUCUUAAUCACAAUUAUAAAUGAGUUUAGGUAAUGGCAGUUCAGUUCAAUAAAAUUACUUAGUGGUUAUUGAAGGUUGUUUAGAAAAAUGCUUCUAAAUAUUUACAUUUCAUGAUCCAGAUUUGGUGGAGUAUAGCUUUAUAAUCUUACAAUAUACAUAUGAAAAAUUAAAGAGAUAAUUAGAUAGAAGAUUCUUUAGAUAGAGUUCUAUCAGUAGUAUGUUGAAGCAAUUUUUCUUAUAGAUGGAUUUGACAUGCUUUAAUGAAGUUCAAUAUAUAAAGAAAAGGAAACAAGUGUAUAAAUUGGUUUCCCUAGUUUGGGUUGAUGAUUAAUUGGAUGAUUAUGUGCCUGCACUUGUAGAUAUUUACAAAUAAAUAAAAAAAUCUAUUGCUAAUGAAACAAAUAAAGUCAAUAUGCUCAAAUAUUUGUGGGAUAUGAUUGGAGUGGUCGAUGAAUUAGAAGUGGAUAGUAUUUAUAGAGUAUUUUUAAGAAUUGUAUUUCCUGAUUUAUCAUCUCUAUUGUCCACUGAUAACACUCAAAUAUUUGUAUAAGACUAUGAUUCCUCCUUAGGAUUGACAGCUCUUUUGUGCGCAAUAUUUAAAAAUAAGAAUACAAGAUUGUCAAAUGAAAAUAUUCAAAUUCUGCUUUAUCAAAUCUAUGGCAAAGCUUCAACAUUCUUUAUCACAUCCAUUGACUAUUUGAUAUUGUAAGCUCAAACUAGCAUAUAAUAAGGUUAGCAAGUGAAGGAUGGGAUUUUGAAGAUGGCAGCUAAGUUGUUAAAAGUAAUGGGCUAGAUUUCAAGCUCUAAAUAAAUAAAUUAGGGAUUUUUCGUAAUCUAUUAAGAUUCUUCAUAUUUGAAUUUGUUCAAAAAAUAAUUGUAGUUCAUAAUUGUCUAUAAGCCAUUAUUCCUAAACUUAAUAAAAUAUAAAAAGUACUUGUUUGAAUGUUUGGAAGGGAUAUGCUCUGAACAUAGUGAGACUUUAGCUUAUAGAUGUGGGGCAGAUGUUUAUUUAGAUUUAUUAAUGAUAUCGGAAGGUACUCUAAAGGAGAUAUUGAAUUUCAAAUAACUUAAGGGUGAGGAGCAGAUAAAUGAAGAGGCUCUUUAAAUCUCAUAAAUUGCUAGUAUUCUUUGCAAUGUGAUGCAAUUCUUAAUUUAAGAAGGAGUGGUUGGAGAAUAAGCGGAUACGGAUAUGAUUAAGAAGAAGACAUAGGAAGUGUUCACAUAAGGCAAAUAAGUUUUAUAAUCUAUUUUUUCGUCAGCCUUUACAAUCAUGGUUGCAUUUCCUAAGAUCUUAAAGUUUUCAACACCAAAUAGUGAGAUUUUGUUUGCCAUUUCUUUGUUUAAUCCAAUUGAAUUUCAAUAAUCACUUAUUCAAUUGAUUUAGGAAUACAGAAAUACAAUUCAAUUGCCUCAAUAGACUUUGGAGUUUAUUACUUAAGGAUACCUAGCGUUGACCAACUAUUUGAAUAGUACUACCAAGGAGUUAUUUACUAAAUAAAUUAAAUAAGCCUUAGAAUAAAUUUGUGCUUAAGAGGAGUUCUGAAUUAUUGUGUUUAUCGAUUAUAAUUAUAAUUGUUUUAUUGUGAGUA